AUGCCAAAAGAUUUUCGCCUAACCUUAUGGAUCUUCCUUCUCGGCCUCGCCGUACAAACGGCCUACGCUGAAACGACUAAAAAUGUGGAUCCCAAGAAUACGCAAGAGGCACCCGAAACCAUCAACACGACAAGCAUUGUGCCUCCUUCCAACAAAGCCAGCCCAACCACGAAUACAACGAAUACGACCACGACUACAUUCGCGCCUACUACAACCACGUCUAACACAACGAUGCCAAUUCCGACAACAACGAAAAUCGAUGUUCAAUCAAAUUGUACCGAGGGUCUGCCGUUGGCUUGCUGGAUUUCACCGGAGUUCAAAGCAUUAAAGAGUAAACGAUGCGAAUGUAAAAACGGCACGACUUUCAUCUACAAUGCCACUCGCUGCGAGCACAUGACAGUCUAUCAAAAGCAGGAAUACUUACCUGGCGAGUUUGAGCUGGCGCUGAAAUGUAAUUACACGCUGAAUGAAUGCUAUCAACAGUUCAAAUUGACUACAGAGAAACUCAGCAAGAAAAAGAAGCCAAAUCAGCCAGACGAAACGGAUGUGGAAGACUCGUUGGCUGGCAAGGGAUACGCAAUCGCACAAGCGAUUUUCGAGAGAAAUGCGUUGCGGGCAAGCACAUCAUCGAUCGAUCCUUUCUACUUCGAAGACGACGAGUGUGUUUACCCCGUGCAAGGUUGCACAGAACUGUUGGAAGAAAUUUUAUUCUGCGAUAAAAACGCAACAGUGAAAAAAUUGGGCAACUUCAUAGAAAAGGACUAUAGUAAAGAGGAGGACAAAUAUGCCGCGCAAGUAGCCACUCACCGAAAAUGGAAUUUUGUACACGUUUAUGUGAUCAUUAUGGCUAUGUUGUUCGGCAUUUCAAUUUGUGCUAUUGUCGUUGCGGCCCUCAUUUACGUGUUAGCAUUCAGGAAAAAGAAGCGUUUCAUCAAGGGUAAAGGUGCCAAAACGGGUCGGAACAUCUCUAAAUCUAGGCCAAACAAGAAGGAAAAGAAUAAGAAGGGUGCGAAGCUGUCGCCACAAGAUGGUUCGUCAAUGGAUGUGUCGAUUGGGCAACUACAUGAUGUUCAACCGAUCAAGAGACGCUCGACUGCCGACAACCAAACGACUGGCGUUGAAUCGCAGACGGGCACCGAACCCCAAACAACGGCUCAAAUUGUC